UGGAUCAUCUUGUCGCAACACUCCCAAGGUCAACACACACUUCACCCUCUUUCUUCUCCGAUCUCCCCCCAAAAAUGUCACCCAAAUUCCCCAUCCCAAACCUCCAAUCACCACGCUAUUUCUUCACCCUUCUAUCUAUCCUUCUAUAUUUAACACCAAUUAUCAGCUCUCGAACCCUACCAACAAUCGCUUCUUUUUCACACCUAUCCCACGAUUCAUCCAUCACAUAUUUAUGGCCGUUGCCGUCAGAAUUCACUUCCGGUAAUGAAACCUUGGCGGUGGAUCCUGAUCUAUCGCUCUCCGUUUCCGGCAAUGGCGGAAAUUCUGUUAUUAUUACAGAGGCGUUUGAGAGAUACAGAACAAUUAUAUUUAAGCACGUUGGUAGCUCCAAAUUUGGAGGGAUCAGGACCUUAGGUUAUGAUAUUAGUAAACUUACUAUCGUUGUUAAUUCCAACGACGAAGAGCUUCAACUUGGUGUUGAUGAGAGCUAUACUUUGUUGGUGGCGAAGAAUAAUGGGCUUUCUGUUAUUGGUGAGGUUACCAUUGAGGCAAACACAGUUUAUGGUGCAUUGCGUGGAUUAGAGACAUUCAGCCAAUUAUGCGGUUUCGACUAUGGAACUAAAACUGUACAAAUCUACAAAGCUCCAUGGUUUAUCAGAGACAAGCCAAGAUUUGUGUUUCGUGGGCUAUUGCUUGAUACUUCAAGACACUAUUACCCAAUUGAAAUAAUCAAGCAAAUAAUUGAAUCUAUGUCAUACGCUAAACUUAAUGUUCUUCAUUGGCACAUCAUAGAUGAGCAGUCAUUUCCUUUAGAAGUACCUGCAUAUCCAAAGCUAUGGGAAGGUGCAUAUACAAAGUGGGAGCGGUAUAGUGUGGAGGAUGCUUAUGAAAUAGUCAACUUCGCAAAAAUGAGAGGUAUCAAUGUUAUGGCAGAGAUUGAUAUUCCUGGUCAUGCAGAAUCAUGGGGUAAUGGGUAUCCUGAUCUGUGGCCUUCAGAUUCCUGUAAAGAACCUUUGGAUGUUUCAAAGAACUUCACUUUUGAGGUGCUUUCUGGAAUUUUAGAAGACAUGCGGCAAAUAUUUCCAUUUGAGCUCUUCCAUUUAGGAGGUGAUGAAGUCAAUACUGAUUGUUGGAGGAAUACGCCACAUGUGAACCAGUGGCUUCAGGAGAUGAACAUGACAGCUAAGGACGCAUAUCAGUACUUUGUGCUCCGAGCUCAAGAGAUAGCAAUAUCAAAAAACUGGACCCCUGUCAAUUGGGAAGAAACCUUCAACACAUUUGCUGGAAAGCUUAAUCCACGGACUGUUGUGCACAACUGGUUGGGCCCUGGCGUUUGUCCAAAGGUCGUUGCACAAGGCUUUAAGUGCAUCUACAGCAAUCAAGGGGUUUGGUAUCUUGAUCAUUUGGACGUCCCAUGGGACGGAUUUUACGAUGCUGAACCACUAGAAGGGAUAACGGAUGCUUCUCAGCAAAAACUUGUGCUUGGUGGAGAAGUUUGUAUGUGGAGUGAGACUGCCGAUCCCUCAAAUGUUCAGCAAACAAUAUGGCCUCGUGCUGCAGCUGCUGCAGAGCGGUUGUGGAGCUCAAUGGAAGCGGCACCAAGAAGCAACACCUCAGAGACUGCAUUAACAAGGUUGCAACACUUCCGGUGCCUGUUAACAAGGCGUGGUGUUCAAGCUAGCCCAGUAACGAACCUGUAUGCUCGAAGCCCUCCUUCUGGUCCAGGUUCAUGCUACGAGCAGUAAGUCGUCAUCGUCAGUAUAUAUUAUUGGUUUCCCAGAAAUUCCAGGUGGAUUUAUGCAUGGUUGGUUGUAUUUCCUAUUAAAGCAAACAAGCAAAGUGUGUGUAUGUGUGUGUAUGUGUGAAACACGACGAUCAAACAUCUAUUUUGUUGUAGAAUGUGUGUUUACGUUCGUUCAUCUCUAUAUUUCGUCAAUCUACAUUUUUCUUGACAUUAGUUAUUGCUUCGGUAAUUAGCUUUUCUCAAUCGAGUAAUGAGUAUGUAAUCAUCUGACUCGGAUUGUGUUUAUACUUUUGUUAAUGAUUUUGUUAUCAUUUGAAUC